AUGGGAUUUGAGGGUGUGAUAAAUAUCGGGGGAGCGUUUAACUGUUGGAGGUUGAUUUGUUUGAUUGCAUAAAAUGAUAUUAUAUAGUUAUUUCAUUCCAUGGCAGUCUAUUCUCACAUGGUGCUUGAAGUGGGUGGGAACUAUAAAAAUGAUAUCCUAAUGGCAUGGCGGUCCCGUCCCUUGUAACAGUUGUGUGUGCAGAGUGGUGAGUUGGGAAGGGAAGGGAGGGUUCUGUGAUCCAGAGAUGGGUGUAGUCGCAGCACCCCACACCCACGCCUACACCUCUUCCUCUUCUUUAUUUUAACCCUUUCCUUCUGUUCUCUUCUUUCUCUUCCUCAUUGCCUUUUGCCUUUCCAGUUUGGGUGAAAAUGUCUUCCUCAAGGCCUAGCCAAUCGUCCAGCAAUUCAGGGAGAUCAAGGCAUAGUGCUAGGAUUAUUGCUCAGACAACUGUAGAUGCAAAACUUCAUGCAACUUUUGAGGAGUCUGGUAGUUCAUUUGACUAUUCCAGUUCAGUGCGUAUCUCUGGUCCUGCUACUGCUGAUGGCAACCAUCAACCAAGGUCUGAUAAAGUAACAACGGCAUACCUCCAUCAUAUACAAAGGGGCAAGCUGAUCCAGCCUUUUGGGUGCUUGCUGGCUUUAGAUGAGAAAACGUGCAAGGUUAUUGCAUACAGUGAGAAUGCACCUGAAAUGCUGACCAUGGUGAGUCAUGCUGUCCCCAGUGUUGGUGACCACCCUGCCCUUGGCAUUGGCACUGACAUUAGAGCUCUCUUCACUGCGCCAAGUGCUUCUGCAUUGCAGAAGGCACUGGGAUUUGCUGAGGUUUCACUUCUUAAUCCCAUCCUCGUUCAUUGCAAGACCUCUGGGAAGCCCUUUUAUGCAAUUAUCCAUCGCGUUACUGGUAGUUUGAUCAUUGAUUUUGAGCCGGUCAAGCCUUAUGAAGUUCCCAUGACGGCAGCAGGUGCCCUGCAAUCUUACAAGCUUGCUGCCAAAGCAAUUACCCGAUUGCAGUCCUUGCCUAGUGGGAGCAUGGAAAGGCUCUGUGAUACAAUGGUUCAAGAAGUUUUUGAGCUCACAGGCUAUGACAGGGUGAUGGCUUAUAAAUUUCAUGAGGAUGAUCACGGGGAGGUGAUUGCUGAGAUAACAAAGCCAGGCCUUGAGCCAUAUCUGGGUUUGCACUAUCCAGCCACUGAUAUUCCCCAGGCUGCACGCUUCUUGUUUAUGAAGAACAAGGUCCGUAUGAUAGUUGAUUGUCAUGCAAAACACGUGAAGGUUCUUCAAGAAGAAAAACUUCCAUUUGAUUUGACUUUGUGUGGUUCAACCUUAAGGGCUCCUCAUAGUUGCCAUUUGCAAUACAUGGCGAACAUGGAUUCAAUUGCUUCACUUGUUAUGGCAGUUGUAGUCAAUGACAAUGAAGAAGAUGGGGAUAGCUCUGAUGCUGUUCAGCCACAAAAGAGAAAGAGACUCUGGGGUUUGGUAGUUUGCCAUAACACUACUCCCAGGUUUGUUCCCUUUCCUCUAAGGUAUGCUUGUGAAUUUCUGGCUCAAGUUUUUGCCAUCCAUGUGAACAAAGAAAUAGAGUUAGAAUAUCAGAUUAUUGAGAAGAAUAUCCUGCGCACGCAGACCCUCUUGUGUGAUAUGCUGAUGCGAGAUGCACCCCUAGGAAUUGUAUCACAGAGCCCAAAUAUAAUGGAUCUAGUGAAAUGUGAUGGGGCUUCCCUCUUGUAUAAAAACAAGGUAUGGAGAUUAGGAGUGACACCAAGUGAAUCCCAGAUAAGAGAGAUAGCUUUAUGGUUGUCCGAGUACCAUAUGGAUUCUACAGGCUUGAGUACAGAUAGCUUGUCUGAUGCAGGGUUCCCAGGGGCUCUUUCUCUGGGUGAUAUUGUAUGUGGAAUGGCAGCUGUAAGAAUAACUUCCAAAGACAUAGUGUUUUGGUUUCGGUCGCACACUGCAGCAGAAAUCCGAUGGGGUGGUGCCAAGCAUGAACCUGGUGAAAGGGAUGAUGGUAGGAAGAUGCAUCCACGAUCAUCAUUCAAGGCUUUCCUUGAAGUUGUGAAAGCAAGGAGCCUACCGUGGAAGGACUAUGAAAUGGAUGCUAUUCAUUCAUUGCAGUUAAUACUGAGAAAUGCGUUCAAGGAUACAGAGGGUACGGAUUUAAACACCAAUGCAAUCAAUACAAGACUAAGUGAUUUGAAGAUUGAAGGGAUGCAGGAACUGGAAGCAGUAACAAGUGAGAUGGUUAGGUUGAUUGAAACAGCAACAGUCCCUAUUUUGGCAGUUGAUGUUGAUGGUCUGGUCAAUGGGUGGAAUAUAAAAAUUGCUGAGUUGACAGGUCUUCCAGUCGGUGAAGCUAUUGGAAAGCAUUUACUUACACUUGUUGAGGAUUCUUCAGCUGAUAGAGUCAAGAAGAUGCUUGACUUGGCACUGCAGGGUGAAGAAGAGAAGAACGUCCAAUUUGAGAUCAAAACUCAUGGGUCUAAGAUGGAUUCUGGUCCCAUUAGUUUAGUAGUUAAUGCUUGUGCGAGCAGGGAUCUUCGGGAUAAUGUUGUGGGGGUUUGUUUUGUGGCCCACGAUAUAACUGCUCAGAAGACAGUCAUGGACAAAUUCACGCGAAUUGAAGGUGAUUACAAGGCAAUCGUACAAAACCCCAAUCCAUUAAUCCCCCCUAUAUUUGGUACAGAUGAAUUUGGCUGGUGUUGUGAGUGGAAUCCUGCUAUGACAAAGCUAACUGGAUGGAAGCGAGAGGAGGUGAUGGAUAAAAUGCUUCUAGGAGAGGUUUUUGGCACCCAGAUAGCUUGUUGUCGUCUAAAACAUCAAGAAGCUUUUGUUAAUUUUGGCAUUGUACUCAAUAAAGCCAUGACUGGUUUAGAAACAGAGAAGGUUGCCUUUGGUUUCUUUGCUCGGAAUGGCAAGUAUGUAGAAUGCCUGCUUUCUGUGAGUAAGAAAUUGGACAUAGAGGGCGUAGUUACUGGGGUCUUCUGCUUCUUACAGCUCGCUAGCCCAGAGCUGCAACAAGCAUUACAUAUUCAGCGCCUGUCUGAACAAACUGCCUUGAAGAGACUGAAAGCAUUAACUUACAUGAAAAGGCAGAUCAGAAAUCCUUUAUGUGGAAUAGUGUUUUCCCGGAAAAUGUUGGAGGCUACUGACCUGGGAACAGAACAAAAACAACUUCUACGCACUAGUGCUCAGUGCCAGCGCCAACUUAGCAAAAUUCUUGACGACUCAGAUCUUGACAGCAUCAUAGAUGGCUACUUGGAUCUUGAGAUGGCUGAAUUUACUCUGCAUGAUAUACUGGUUGCCUCCCUUAGUCAAGUCAUGACAAAAGGUAACGGAAAGGGUAUCCGAGUAGUCAAUGAUGUUGCAGAGCAGAUCUUGAUGGAAACUUUAUAUGGUGAUAGUCUUAGGCUUCAGCAGGUCUUGGCCGACUUUUUGUUGAUUUCCAUCAAUUUUACGCCAAAUGGAGGUCAGGUUGUUGUAGCAGCCUCUCUAACCAAAGAACAGUUAGGGAAAUCGGUCCAUCUUGUUAAUUUGGAGCUCAGCAUAACACAUGGUGGCAGUGGGGUGCCAGAAGCAUUGCUGAACCAGAUGUUUGGAAAUAACGGGCUAGAAUCCGAGGAUGGUAUUAGCCUGCUCAUCAGCAGAAAGCUGCUGAAGCUCAUGAAUGGAGAUGUUCGUUACCUAAGGGAAGCAGGCAAAUCAUCUUUUAUCCUCACUGCUGAACUUGCUGCAGCCCAUAAGAUGAAACCUUAAAAGUUUUGGAAAAAGAAUAAGAUGAUAAAACUGUUUUGUACAUCAGAAAGAGAAUGGAGCGACAAAAUAAUUGCAUCCAAUGUAACUCUAAUUUGUUUCACGUUUCUGUAACAUCUUGUAACGUACGUUGUAGAUAUGUAUUAAUCUUCUUCCCAUUUCCUUGAUAUAUUCUCCCUCGAGCCUUUCCUUAGUUGUCCUUCCAGCAAUUAUGAAUCAUCUGUUACAAAAUAAACCGUAGAAACACAUUAAAUUGCGUUGAGUUCUGCACUGUACUUGUCUUUGUUCUUAUCUCCACUUGUUAGCCAUAGUUUUCUACCAAACUAUUUUGGCUUGUAUCAGUUGCGUUUCAAUUUGUUGAGUUGCACAUUUAUUACAGGUUGUUUGUUUCAUAAUACCAUUGUAUCAUUACCAUUGAUUCUCUUGCUGGUACAGCUUUAUUCUCUGUGCUAGCAAUGUUUCGUAAGUAAUGAAGAUAUGUAUACUACUAACGAUUCCAAUUCUCAAAAAUGACCAAAAUGAAAUAUCAAAACUCAGCCUUUUC